AUGACGCGAAGCCUCUCAACAACCGGAUGUAAGUCAAGACAACGCAGAGCCUCUCAACAGCCAGAUGUAAGGCAAGACGACGUGACGCCUCUCAACAGCCGAUGUAAGGCAAGACAACGCGACGCCUCUCAACAGCUGGAUCCAGAUGUAAGGCAAGACGACACCUCUCAACAGCCAGAUGUAAGGCAAGACGACGCCUCUCAACAGCCAGAGGUAAGGCAAGACGAUACCUCUCAACAGCCGGAUAUAAGGCAAGACAACCCCUCUCAAUAUCUGGAUGUAAGGCAAGACGACCUCUCAACAGCCGGAGGUAAGGCAAGACGAUGCUUCUCAACAGCCGGAUGUAAGGCAAGACGAUCUACUCAACAGCCGGAUGUAAAUCAAGAUGACACCUCUCAACAGCCGCAUGUAAAGCAAGACGACACGACUCAACAGCCGGAUGUAAAGCAAGACGACGCCUCUCAACAGCCAGAUGUAAGGCAAGACGAUGCCUCUCAACAGCCGGAUGUAAGGCAAGACGACGCCUCUCAACAUCUGGAUGUAAGGCAAGACGAUGCCUCUCAACAGCCGGAUGUAAGGCAAGACGACGCCUCUACACAGCCGUAUGUAAGGCAAGACGACGCAACUCAACAGCCGGAUGUAAGGCAAGACGAUACCUCUCAACAUCUGGAUGUAAGGCAAGACGAUGCCUCUCAACAGCCGGAUCUGGAUGUAAAGCAAGAUGACACUUCUCAACGGCCGGAUGUAAGGCAAGACGACGCCUCUCAACAGCCGGAUGUAAGGCAAGACAACGCGACUCAACAGCCGGAUGUAAGGAAAGACGAUGCCUCUCAACAUCUGGAUAUAAGGCAAGACGAUGCCUCUCAACAGGCGGAUGUAAGGCAAGACGACGCCUCUCAACAGCCAGAUGUAAGGCAAGACGAUGCCUCUCAACAGCUGGAUCCGGAUGUAAGGCAAGACGACCCCUCUCAACAGCCGGAUGUAAGGCAAGACGACACCUCUCAACAGCCGGAUGUAAAGCAAGAUGACACCUAUCAACAGCCGGAAGUAAGGCAAGAUGACACCUAUCAACAACCGGAUGUAAAACAAGAUGACACCUAUCAACAGCUGGACGUAAGGCAAGACGACGCCUCUCAACAGCCGGAUCUGGACUUAAAGCAAGAUGACUCUCAACAGCUAGACGUAAUGCAAGAUAUGACCCUCUCAACAGCUGGAGGUUAUGCAAAACGCCCCUUACAACAGCUGGUGGUAGUACAAGGCGCACCUCUCAACAACAGUCAGAGGUAA